AAAAAAACAACAUUAAACGGCAUAAGAUUUUACAUGCCACUGUAUUCCGUCUAGCAUCAACAUAAACCAUAGCCGGAUUUCUCAUAAUCGGGAUACGAGUUUAUCCGGGAUAUUGUAAACGGGACAUGAUAUUUAUAUGCCUCAACUAAUUGAGUAUCUUCUAAAAAUAAGGGGAUACUAGUGCGCAUGUAAAUGUUUGGCGAUAAAUGGAACUAUUUCUAGCAGAAGAUAUAUGAGACGCAUAUGCAUAACCAUGGUAGUAAUUGAAAGGGAACACUGGAGAUUAUGGGGAAAUGCAGACCAAAGGUGAGGACACAGCGGUAUACCUGACUGAAUCCAAACAUUACACUGGAUUUUAUGUGCAUUUUACAUUGACUGUACUUUCUGCAGCAUCUGUCUAAUGAAAUAUUAUGACUAAAGGAAAGAGCUUUCAAUUAUUAAAUGCAUUUUUUUUUGUUGCUUUGCCAUUGAGUAACUGAAGCUUGGAACACAGCCCUAAAUCCCCACUACCACAUCACUGUUUACGCAAUCCAAAAACAGUUCAUUAUAGAUCGUAAUCUGGGUCAGGUGGGCAUCAUUUGAAAGCUUAUCCUAUUGCCAAAAAUGCCUAAGUAAAUUAUUAAAUAAUGUAGGCUUUUCAUAAGGCCCCUACGAAGUGUUUAAAUAAGUUUGUCUUUAAGGAGUCGGCAUUCACCAAUGUGUCACAACAAGCGCAAAGACCUGAUACUGAUCCUGGUUUCCGGUGCAGAAAUGGCUGUUUAUAUAAUCUCAUUACGCCUUAAAAAUGCACAAUUUGGAGUUGCCUUAGUUUGUCUCAUCCCAUUUUAUAUUCCCAUCUUGUCACACAUUGGACUUGGAUAAGUGUUGUGCUAUUAAGAGGUUUAGAAGGCUUUUUCAAAGAAUGAGAAUACAUUACAUUUUUUUAAGGUAUCUGUAACCAACAGAUGCAUGUCUGUAUUCCCAGUCAUGUGAAAUCCAUAGAUUUCACAUGACCUAAUGAAUUUAUUUAAUAUAAACUGUAACUCAGUAGAAUAUCUGAAAUUGUUGCAUGUUGCGUUUAUGUUUUUGUUCAGUAUAUCUCAAAAAUAUAAACGCAACAUGCAAAAAUGUCUAAGAUUUUUACUGAGUGACAGUUAGUAGAAGGAAGAAAUACUACUCCGCUUCUUGAUAUGCCACACCUGUCAAGUGGAUGAUUUAUAAAGAAUAAAAAUUUGCGCCAAACUUCCAAAAUCGCCCAGCAGUGGUAACUCAUGUUGGCUAUGGUAUCGAUUUCGCCAGCGGCAUAUCAUGUUUUAUGAAAUAUCACUUUUGAGAGCAGCGAAACUGUCGAGACGUUCUCCCUUUUUCUGUAUAUAUUGGAAGUUAUUUUUGUCCAGUUUCUGUGAAAAGUUUGGACUCAUUACGUGUGAUGCCCAUUGAAUGACAGAUGUCAGUGACUGUGGGAAGUCUGUUUAGGAACGUCAACUUUAAAAAAAGACUGCUUGUUUUAUCAUAAAAAAAUUGCACCCUCCACUUUCCUCUGUUGGACCUACAGUAACUGUCAACUUGUCAACUAAUCAUCAAACCCUCAAAUUGAACUAGGUGUGUUUGUCCGGGGCUACAAUAAAAAUGUGUACAGUUGGGGUACUCGAGGACCAGGUUUGGGAAACACUGGUAGUUUACAUAAACAGUACCGUAUUUCAAAGAGCAGCGCGCACAAACUUUUAAUUUAGCCACACCCUUUACACUGAAGAGAGGAGAGAGGGUGUUAUUGGUUGGCAUCAUAGUUUAAACGGAAAUGAACAGUGGUCAACAACAAUUUCCACGUUAGCGUUUUUACGGUUUUUAUUUAGACCUUUUCUUAACACCAUAGGACUCAAAAUAUGACGUUUAACUGCACAGCAUCGCAUACGUACCCCGGGUAUUGUUUAAUUCGCGUUGGAGACAAGACUUGGUUGACAGAUGUUAUCUAGGUAACACUAGCUAGCUAGGUGCUAACAAUGGAUAACUGUAUGGUUUUUCACACUCAAAUUGCCUCGAUCUUGGAGGUGCUAGCGAAUGCAGCCGUGGCAGAUAUCUGUAAACUCGUAGAAGACGACUAUGCAGUGUUUCGUUUGGAAAUUUCUCAAAGCCAGAAAGAAAACGGGGCAUUGCGGAGGAAACUGCAUCUUUUGGAACUGAAGGUGGCACGAGAGCGCGUCCUCGUCAGUCGUCCCAGUAGUGUCAAGAUCGUCGACGGAUACAGAGGUGAAGGAAAUCUCACUGGAGGCCACAGGAGAUUUGUGAAGCCAGCGGUACACCGUACAUGGAGAGAUGACAAACCGAUCACUGUUGAUGAGGGUAGUGGAACCUCAACCCAGCAUGUUAUCGUGAUAGAGUCUGCAGAUGCAGAGGCUACAGGUCCUGGGGUCAAGCUGGAGAAGACUGAAGAGGUGGAAACACGGCAAAGAAGAGACAUCCAGACUGGAGCUCAUCCUGUAGCCACAAAGGACCCCACCAUCGCCCCAGCGCCGCCCAGGACCCGACGCAGCAUCACAGAGGUCAGUGGAACGCCAAAAGCCACCCUGAAGUCAGAAACAGACACAGAGUCUUCAACUGUAACACACAGGCUCUUACACCCAGGAUCUGACCCAGAGAGACUGGUGCCACUAGACUGUCCUCCUGCUCCCGGCUCAGAGUACUUACCGGUAUUUCAUCAGAGCCAGAGGACGGUUCAUUCCCAUGGUGAUGAUGACGCUUUAGACACUGGGGUUGAUCUGUCUUGUUCUUACGCUACAGAGAUGGACCCUGACAACAUGACCUUGGGUUUAGAGACACAGACUGAUCUGUCUAGAGGGGACUGGAACCAGUACAGUAGUACUGUAUACUCUGAAGGGUGCCUAGAUAAGAAAGGGGAGGUUAUAGUGGUAGAUGAGGUGAAAGUGGAGGGCCACGCUCCUCCCACAUGGAAUGCAGAUAGUCACCUAGGAGUCGGACACUCACAGGGCAGAGAUUUCUUAGAUUACGGGGGAAGUUCAGAGACAAAUCAACAUUUUGUCACCCACUCACCUUUACACACGCUCAGGGAUCGCGACCCAGUAUCUACGUCGAUGGGGCCUCCUGAUUCACAUGGCCACGUCCUUUUCGAUCAGGUUUUGAACUCAAUCGACAGGGUUAGAGGCCAGGUUCAGGGAGGGGGAGCAACAUCAGGCAAUGGUAAAGAGAAACGGUUCCUCUGCAUGUUCUGUAACAAAGGCUUCAGCUGCCCCCAGAAGGUGGAGAUCCACCAGAGGGUCCACACAGGGGAGAAACCCUUCAGCUGUACCCAGUGUUACAUGUGCUUCGCCCAGGCUGGUGAUCUGAAGAGGCACCAGAUGGUCCACACAGGGGAGAAACCAUACAGCUGCCCCCAGUGUGAGAAGAGGUUCUCCCGCCAGCACCAGCUGAAGAGGCACCUGAAGGUCCACACGGGAGAAAGGCCGUUCGCCUGUGCACACUGCAGGAAGAGAUUCUCAGAGAGAAGCUACCUCAGGAUACACCAGGAGAAAAACCAUUCUACUCUAUAACAUAGAAUGUCACCAUUCCACUCGAUACCAUCUGACUUUAGAUCAAACCCUGCAUUAAAUACAGAUGAAUUGUAAUUGUUGUCAACAGAAAAGACCCACAGAUGCAUUUGGAAUAACGAGAGUAACUGAUUUCAGUGUUCAAUAUUCCUGGGUGGAAUAUUGCAUCCAGUGUGAUAUACACUGAGUAUACAAAACAUUAAGAACCUCUGAUCUUUCCGUGACAGACUGACUAGCUGAAGACUUUGAUCCCUUAUUAAAUCCACUUCAAUCAGUGUAGAUGAAGGGGAGGAGACGGGUUAAACAAGGAUUUUUAAACCUUGGGACAAUUGAGACAUGGAUUGUGUAUGUGGGCCAUUCAGAGGGUGAAUUUGCAACAUUUAAGAGCCUUUGAACGGGUUAUGGUAGUAGGUGACAGGCGCACCGGUUUAUGUGGGAAUUGCACCACUACUGGGUUUGUCACGAUCAACCAUUUCCAGUGCGUAUCAAUAGUGGUCAGACACCAAAAGGACAUCCAACCAACUUGACACGACUGUGGGAAGCAUUGGAGUCAACAUGGGCCAGCAUCCCUUUUAAAUACUUUUGAUACCUUGUAGUGUCCAUGCCCUGACUAAUUGAGGCUGUUCUGAAGGCAAAGGGGGGGUUGCAACUAGAGGUCGACCGAUUAAUGAUUUUUCAACACCGAUGCCGAUUAUUGGAGGACCAAAAAAAGCCGAUACCAAUUAAUCGGACGAUAAAAAAUAAAAAAAUGUAUUUAUAAAAAUGAAUUACAACAAUACUGAAUGAACACUUAUUUUAACUUAAUAUAAUACAUCAAUCAAAUCUAUUUAGCCUCAAAUAAAUAAUGAAACAUGUUCAAUUUGGUUUAAAUAAUGCAAAAACAAAGUGUUGGAGAAGAAAGUAAAAGUGCAAUAUGUGCCAUGUAAGAAAGCUAACGUUUAAGUUCUUUGCUCAGAACAUGAGAACAUAUGAAAGCUGGUGGUUCCUUUUAACAUGAGUCUUCAAUAUUCCCAGGUAAAAAGUUUUAGGUUGUAGUUAUUAUAGGAAUUAUAGGACUAUUUCUCUCUAUACCAUUUGUAUUUCAUUAACCUUUGACUAUUGGAUGUUCUUAUAGUCACUUUAGUAUUGCCAGUGUAACAGUAUAGCUUCCGUCCUUCUCCUCGCUCCUACCUGGGCUCGAACCAGGAACACAACGACAACAGCCACCCUCGAAGCAGCGUUACCAUCGCUCCACAAAAGCCCCGGCCCAUGCAGAGCAAGGGGAACAACCACUCCAUGUCUCAGAGCGAGUGACGUUUGAAACGCUAUUAGCGCGCACCCCGCUAACUAGCUAGCCAUUUCACAUCGGUUACACCAGCCUAAUCUCGGGAGUUGAUAGGCUUGAAGUCAUAAACAGCUGCUGGCAAAUGCACUAAAGUGCUGUUUGAAUGAAUGCUUACGAGCCUGCUGGUGCCUACCAUCGCUCAGUCAGACUGCUCGAUCAAAUCAUAGACUUAGUUAUAACAUGAUAACACACAGAAAUACGAGCCUUAGGUCAUUAAUAUGGUCGAAUCCGGAAACUAUCAUCUCGAAAACAAGACGUUUAUUCUUUCAGUGAAAUGCGGAACCGUUCUGUAUUUUAUCUAACGGGUGGCAUCCAUAAGUCUAAAUAUUCCUGUUACAUUGCACAACCUUCAAUGUUAUGUCAUAAUUUCGUAAAAUUCUGGCAAAUUAGGCGGCCCAAACUGUUGCAUAUACACUGAGUCUCCGUGCAAUGAACGCAAGAGAAGUGACACAAUUUCACCUGGUUUAUAUUGCCUGCUAACCUGGAUUUCUUUUAGCUAAAUAUGCAGGUUUAAAAAUAUAUACUUCUGUGUAUUGAUUUUAAGAAAGGUAUUGAUGUUUAUGGUUAGGUACACAUUGAAGCAACGAUACAAACCGCAUCGAUUAUAUGCAAAGCAGGACACGCUAGAUAAACUAGUAAUAACAUCAACCAUGUGUAGUUAACUAGUGAUUAUGAUUGAUUGAUUGUUUUUUAUAAGAUAAGUUUAAUGCUAGCUAGCAACUUACCUUGGCUUACUGCAUUCGUGUAAUAGGCAGUCUCCUCGUGGAGUGCAAUGAGAGGCAGGUGGUUUGAGCGUUGGACUAGUUAACUGUAAGGUUGCAAGAUUGAAUCCCCCGAGCUGACAAGGUAAAAAUCUGUCGUUCUGCCUCUGAACGAGGCAGUUAACCCACCGAAUACCGAUUUCCGAUUGCUAUGAAAACUUGAAAUUGGCCCUAAUUAAUUGGCCAUUCCGAUUAAUCGGUCGACCUCUAGUUGCAACUCAAUAUUAGGAAGGUGUUCCUAAUGUUUGGAAUACUCCGUGUAUAAGGCAUAUUUAAGCCUAAAAAGUAUGUUACAUAUUAUGCUUAACUGUGUAGGUUAUAUAAUGUUCACAAAUUCCUAUUUCAUUACUUCUGAUAAACUGAAAAAAUAUUUUAUAGUUAAUCAAAUUCAUCCAGAUGUUUAGUUGAGACAGUACAUUUGACAUUUUAGUAAUUUAGUAGACACUCAUUGUAAUGGGUAAAUUUUCCCUCAAUAAAGUAGGUAUCCGCAAAGUCAGUGCUAGUAGGAAAAGAGAAAAGAUGUGGGAUACAUUUAAGAUACUCUGUCCUGGGUUGCCAGGACCGAGAAGAGCUUUGACUGGGCUGAGCUUGAGUUGACCUACCUGUAGGCGUGGGACUGCCAAGAGGCCAAAGGUGGCAGAACGGAGUACUCUGGUUGGGGUGUAGGGUUUGAGCAUAGCCUGAAGGUAGGGAGGGGCAAAUCCCCGUGCUGCUCCGUAGGCAAGCACCUUGGUCUUAUAGUGGAUGUGAGCUUUGAUUUGAAGCCAGUGGAGUGUGUGGAGGAGCGGGGUGAAAUGGGAGAACUUAGGAAGGUUGAACACCAAACGGGCUGCAGCGUUCUAGAUAUGUUGCAGGGCUUUUUUAAUCAUUUUUUUAUUUUACCUUUAUUUAACUAGGCAAGUCAAUUAAGAACCAAUUCUUAUUUUCAAUGACGGCCUAGGAACAGCUGUCAGCUUUGAUUUGUACUUUGUCAGCUCGGGGAUUUGAACUUGCAACCUUCCGGUUACUAGUCCAACGCUCUAACCACUAGGCUACCCUGCCGCCCCUGGGCUCCCCGCUUGAUAGCACAAGCGGGGAGCCCAGCCAACAGAGAGUUGCAGUAGUCUAGAUGGGAAAAGAGCCUGGAUUAGGACCUUCGACACUUCCUGUGUGAGGUAGGAUUGUACUGUACGGAUGUUGUAGAGCAUGAACCUGCAGGAGCGAGUCACUGCUUUGAUGUUUGCAGAGAAUGACAGGGUGUUGUCCAGGGUCACGCCAAGGUUCUUUGCACUCUGGGAGGGGGACACCGUGGAGUUAUCAUCCAUGAUGGAGAGGUCUUGGAGCAGGCAGGCUUUCCCAGAGAGGAAGAGCAGCUCCGUCUUGUCGAGGUUGUGGGCCAACAUACAAGCUGAGAUGUUUGCCAGGAGGAGGAGGGUCCAGAGGUGCUGCUGGUGAAGGAGGGUCCAGAGCAGAUGCGGGUGUGAGGAGGGUCUUGGGGAACAUGGUCAUGGAGGUCAACAAGACUUCCAUCAAGUACAGGCUGAAUGAACAACAGAGACAGAAUGCAAUAUGACAGUUCAUUAAAUUGUUUGGGGAAUGGUCUCGUCGCCAAGGGAAGAUCCUCUGAGCCAGAUGAUGUUAUGGCUGGUAGCCCUAUGCAGGGCUGCUGGCAAUUUCCUACUUUGAGACUCUUUGUGGAUACGGCGCCUGGUGUUUAUUCAUUUUGUCUUAAGUGUGGGACCAUGCCUUUGAAUUUUCAAACCAUUAAAAAGUGUCAGGUGGUUGGCUGGAGGCUAACAGAGGAGACUGGGCGGCCAUCUUGGAUUCCCAGACCCAAACCAGUGGAGCCAAGGUCCCACUGGACAUCAUCACUGAGCAGGCCAGGAUCAGAGGCGACAUAGUGGAGGUCAGUCGAUGGGGCAGCGUCCUCAAACACUGGGCUGGGGAACAACAAUUUAAUUUUAAAUAACCAGAAACACAGUUGUGCAAGAAUCAACACCUGGACUUGGUCUCUAUGACAACAGACUGGCUGAGACCUGGGAGAGGCAUAGAUUUGGUCUGCGGGGACGGGGAGGUGUCCAUAUGCGGCAGGAGAGAACAGACACAGAUUCGGCUACUGAUGCUCCAUCCUGUUCCUAUGUUUGUGAUUUAGAGAGAUUGAUGGUGCCUCAGGUUAACCCACUAACAGGUGCUGCCUUCAGCCUGCCUUCUAUAGGAUCUAUCAACUGGAAUAUGGACCCUGCAACAGACACUGCCUGGCCUUCCUCCUCCUCCUCACAGUCUCCUUAUGUUAAACCAGACCUCAGGCAAUGCCAGUGCCUCAACGGCUACACAAGCCCAUUGACAAAUUACAGUAUUAGUAAUGCUAUCAGCAGAUCUGGUAGCAGAGAGAAGUGCUUCCCGGGUUCGGAGGAUGCGCACGUGGCAGAAACCAUUCAGCUGUCAUCUUUGCCGGGCAAAGUUUCUCCCAGUUGUCCAACCUGAAGAGGCACCAGAUGGUCCACACUGGGGAGAAGCCUUACAGCGGCCCCCAGUGUGAGAAGAGGUUCUCCUGCCAGCACCGACUGUACGCACUGCGGGAAGAGGUUCUCAGAGAGGAGCUACCUCGGGAUACACCAGCAGAAAAUGCACGUGGCCCAUUAAUAGUGUAUAGUGAAUGAUAAGUAGUAAUAAUUUAUUUUAUUUAGCGCUUUUCAUGCAGAAUCUCAGUCACUCUCCUUCAGGGUCUCGCCUGGUGACUGGGUUUAUAGAAGGCCUGGGUCUAGCCUUCCUCAGUUACCUCAUAGUUAUCCCACCAAUUCAGACAGGGUCAGGAUGGGUGUUCACCACAAGAGACAUCUAGCCUGUAACACAGCAUACAAUCCCCAAAACAAUGGCUAGUGGUCAAGGAGGGAGCUCAAAGACAGGCUCAUGCCUUCUACCACCUCUGGUGUUUUUGGGUCACAACGUGGGAGGCUGAGUGUUCAGACUAAAGCCGAAAAGCUGUAUGCCUGCCCCACGUAUGGGAAGCGAUUUGCUGAGGCGAGCUACAGUGGGGCAAAAAAAUAUUUAGUCAGCCACCAAUUGUGCAAGUUCUCCCACUUAAAAAGACGAGAGAGGCCUGUAAUGUUCAUCAUAGGUACAUUUCAACUAUGACAAAAUGAGGGGGAAAAAAUCCAGAAAAUCACAUUGUAGGAUUUUUUAUGAAUUAUAUCCCACCUCGCGACGCAACACUGCCUGGCUGGGGAGCUUUGUGCAUUCAUUUUUAGAGGCGCUGUGCACAGGCAUAAAAGUUUGUCUAAAGUCUACAAAGUGAGACUUUUUUCCUUGUGUUUCUUGGUUAUUUACAUUGUUUUGUUUUUACUUGUUUUUCAAUGUUAGUUUGAGUCUGCUGCUUGUACACAAUAAAUGAAAGAGGGAUUGGGUAGGA